GAACAUUCCAUCUGAGAUACCAAGAUGGCGAACAGAAUGCGGUUAAUUUGAACAGGAGUAACUACUUUUUUAAAGUUCUUCAUAAUAUAAAAGAGUCCUCGCAAUUUUUCAUAUAUUAUGGACUUCUUUGCAAAAGAAGAGGAUGAUGUGCUGAUGUGUUCAUCGACAAAUUUUCGUCGGAUUGAAGUUAAAAAACUGAGAUCAACGGCUGACGAAAUAAUAUUGUUUUCUCAUAAAGAAUUCUUAUGGAGAAAUGGUAUCAGCUUCUUGUGGUUCAUAUGUCUUCUACCUGCAAUCUGUAUUUUGUAUUUGACUCUGGUUUUGUUUAGUCUGCAACAUCCUCUCACUUGGAUCACAGAUGUUUUGUUGAGGAUAUUUUCAUUUUGGGAUAUUUUUGUUUUUGUUGUCAUCUUUGGCAUUGCUGUUACUCCUGUGAUCUUGCUUAAUAUAAAAAUAUGCUCUGUUGAAAUAAAAACGGGUAUAACCAGGCUCUCUGUGAUCAAAUCAUUCUUCACUGUUAAACAUUUAUCUCAUUUGAUAUUCUCGACGAUUACUGCCUCCUUUGCAAUUCAUUGGCUCACAUCGAUGACAUAUCAUGAAUAUGGAGUAUUUACACGCAACUGUUCCAUUUCCUACGACCGUAGAAUCUCGUUGUGUCUCAAUGAAACUACUUUGUUCAUUCAUUGCUUUGGUGGUGUUCUGGGAGUUGUCUAUUCAAUCUUGUAUUUUAAAGACAAACAUCACCAUAUAAUAUUUCCGGUUGUUCAGCAAGAAAGGAUUUUCAGAGUAAAAGCAUGUAUGGUUCCUUGUUUGUGGCAAGCUAUUCCGCCAUUUUUUCAAGGUACAAGCAAAAAGAGCAUUCAGAUUGGCUUUGUUUUGUUUUUUUGUUUCGGGUCUUGUGCAAACGAAAUUGUUCAACUGCUUACUGGACUUGACCAUGAUAGUCAAAUUAAUCGUUUGGAUUCUUUCUAUCGCCUAUUUGACCUUCGUUUCCUCUGGUUCUGUUUCUUAUCUGGAAUUGUAAUUCCUUACAUCUGGUUGUUGACAAAUAAAUUGUUUGGAAUAAUUCAUACAGAGGUUCUUAGAUUUCCACUUCAGUCAACAUUUACUGACGUUUCUGAUCAAACUCUUCCUGUUGCGUUGAAAUGCCAGACUGUUCCGUUACUCAAGUACCAUGCCUUUAACGAUCUCUGUCAAUUGUCGCAGUUUUCACAGAAACGAAGAAAACAAAUAUUUGCUUUGAGUGUCCCAGGUGGUCGACCCUUGAAUUGGUUAUGGAUUUCAGAUGACUGUCUGACUUGCCUCAACAAUCUCAAAGAACGGCUUGUUUCAUAUGACAAUCAUAAUCACGUUGCGUACAGACAAUCUGGAACAAACGAGUCUCUAGGAGAGAAUAAAAACCAAUAUUUCAGAGCAAGAAAUCAAAGUUCAGUGAAGAAAACUCCCAAUUCAGUGAAGUCUCAAACAACACUUGGAUUAACAAAUUCAGGAAACAAGUCGCUACGGCAUACAUUAGCUGGCCAUCAGUUAUCAUCUUCACUUCCAUCUGAGAAUACCCGCUUCGAGAUCAAAAGCAAGGUUUUGCUGUCUAAUGAAUUGAAGCAAAUUCCAGUGAUAGAAUAUUUUUUAGAGAAGGUGGACGAAUUAGAAAUGGAACGUUUAUUUACUGACGUACAGUUGCAGAUUUGGGCCGCAGAAGCUUUAUCGCGACUUGUCGUUGCAUGUUUACGGAUGAUGUUUUGGUGUCGCUCAAAAGUCAUUGCCAUUUAUACUGACAUCGUUACUGGAACUAUUUCAGGAAGCAGCAUGAAGGGUCUUCAAACCACUUCGCAUUAA